UUAAGCUCUUGGUUGCAGUCUCUGGGAACAACAGCUCCUUAAGUUUUCAACACCUUAUUAAAGGUGUAGUUUUGAACAGCCACUCCUGAAACUGAAAACACCAGCUGAUCUUUUUCUCGCUAUAGAAGAUGUGGUGGUUUCUGCUUUUCUUAGAAUGGCUUGUGGAUUGGGCUCGUGGGACAUACUGGUAUCUGUUUGGCAGGAGAAGUGGCCUGUGCAAGGGGACCAUCAGCCCUCCAGGCCCACUAGUUGUAGACCAAAACAAAAAGGACAGACUUCUUCGGAAAGAGUUUGGUGAAUUUGAAGUACCCAAAAACUUGGAUGUCAUUGUGAUUGGCAGUGGUAUCGGUGGUUUAACAGCAGCGGCAGUUUUAGCCAAAUUAGGAAAGAAAGUCCUAUUGCUUGAGCAAGAUAAACAGGCUGGAGGCCUGUGUAAGACCUUCACUGAAAAAGGAUUUGAGUUUGACUGUGGCUUCCAUUAUGUUGGACAACUUCAUGAGAACAGCUUCCUGAAAGUUGCGUUGGAUCUCAUCACUGAUGGCCAGGUGCAUUUUGCUGAGCAGGGUUCCCAUGUGGACACCGUUGUUAUUGGCACAGGAGCUCAACAUAAAGAAUACACCAUUUACAAUGGUAAGAAGCAGAUGGAGGCUCAUCUAAAGAAGCAGUUUCCCAAUGAUACUAAAGCAGUCGAGGAGCUCUUCAAAAUCAUGAAGAUCUGUUCCAAGAAGAUCCAUCUGCUGUGUAUGUUGAAGAUGUUUCCACUCUGGUUUGCUCGCUUCAUACUGUGGAGUGGGAUAGCUGAUUUAAUAUCCCCAAUUUUCAGAUACUCCCGCACCAGUACAACAGAUGUAGUCAAGUCUUUUACCAGCAACCUGGACCUCCUCACAGUGUUUUCUCAAGUAUUUUAUGGUGUGCCACCCAAAAACUCCAGCUGCAUGAUUGAUGCUCUCUUCCUGCACCACUCCAAGCGUGGUGUGUACUAUCCUAAGGGUGGUGCCAGUGAGAUCCCAUACUACAUCAUCCAGGUUUUGGAGAAGCAUGGAGGGAAAGUCCUUGUCAAUGCUCCUGUGUCCAGUGUUCUAGUUGAUGGAAUACGAAAGGCAUAUGGAGUGACCGUGAAGAGCGCAGGUAAAGAUUUUGAAGUUCGGGCUCCUGUCAUUGUUUCUAAUGCUGGCAUGUUCAGCACCUUCAAGAAGCUUCUGCCUCCAGAGGUCCAGGCAAAUCCAGAGGUCCAAGACUAUUUUCAUACUUUGAAACCAGGCAAAGGAUUCUUCCAGGUAUUUGCAGGCUUCAAUGCAACUAUGGAAGACCUGGGCAUCUCCUCAACCAACAUGCGACUAUAUAAGAGCAACAACAUGGAUGAAGUGAUGGAAGAGUACUUUGAUUCCGACAAGGAAGCUGCACCUGACAACAUCCCCAUGAUGUACGUUUCCUUCCCCUCUACUAAGGAUCCCACUUCAUGCACCCGUUUCCCAGGUUAAAUUUCACUCUA